AUGAGCUUGAUGCUGGAGACGCUGCUGGGCCCCCCGGGGGGGCUCCGCAAGGAGCCGGGCCGCGCUGCUCCGCGCUCCGCCGCCUCCAGCGGCUUCUACUCGUGGCCGGCCCCGGUGGUGGGGCGGGCGCGGGGCGCGGGGGGCGGCGGCGGCAGCGCGGCCGCGUCCUCCACCGAGAGCCUGGACUCGUUGAACGGCGAACCGCGGGCGCGCAACGAGAAGGAGCUGCUGCAGGUGCUGAACGACCGCUUCGCUGGCUACAUCGAGCGGGUGCGGGCGCUGGAGCAGCAGAACCGGGCGCUGGCGGCCGAGGCGGCGGCGCUGCGGCAGCAGCAGGCGGGGCGCUCGGCCAUGGGCGAGCUGUACGCGCGGGAGCUGCGGGACAUGCGGGGCACCGUGCUGCGCCUGGGCGCCGAGAAGGGCCAGCUGCGGCUGGAGCGGGCGCGCCUGGCCGAGGACGUGGCGGCUUUGCGGGGAAGGCUGGAGGACGAGGCUCGGCAGCGCUCGGAGCUGGAGGCGGCGGCCCGCGGGCUGGCGCAGCGCUCGGCGCAGGAGGAGCGAGCGCGGGCGCCGCUGGAGGAGCGAGCCCGGGCGCUGCGGGAGGAGGCGGAGCAGCUGCGGAGGCAGCACCGCGCCGAAGUGGGAGCUCUGCUGCGCGGGGCGCGCCCCGAGCUGCCCGCGGAGCCGCCCUCCUCCCUGCGCCCCGGCGUCACCGCCGCGCUCCGCGACCUGCGCGCCCAGCUGGAGGGCACGGCGGCCCGCAGCACCCUGCAGGCCGAGGAGUGGUUCCGCGUGAGGCUGGACAAGCUCUCGGAGGUGGCCAAGGUGAACACGGACGCCAUGCGCUUGGCCCAGGAAGAGAUCUCCGAGUACCGCCGGCAGCUCCAGGCCAAGACCACCGAGCUGGAAGCCCUCAAAGGGACCCAGGAGUCGCUGGAGAGGCAGAGGCAGGACUCAGAGGAGCGCCAUCAUGCAGAUGUCCUGUCCUAUCAGGAAACCAUCCAGCAGCUUGACAACGAGCUAAGGAACACCAAGUGGGAAAUGGCAGCUCAGCUCCGCGAGUACCAGGAUCUGCUCAACGUCAAAAUGGCCCUGGACAUCGAAAUUGCUGCCUACAGAAAGCUCCUGGAAGGGGAGGAGUAUCGGCUGGAGACUGGCAUUGGGAUGCUCUCCUACCCCGAGGUGGUUCCCAAGCCUCCCAGCAUCACCACCAGCAUCAAGGUGAAGAGCGAGGAGAAGAUCAAGGUGGUGGAAAAGUCAGAGAAGGAGACAGUGAUUGUGGAGGAGCAGACAGAGGAAAUCCAGGUGACCGAGGAGGUCACAGAGGAAGAGGAGGCUGAGAAAGAGGCUGAAGAGGAAAAAGCUGAAGAGAAGGAGGAAGAGGGGGAGGAAGAAGAAGAGGAGAAAGCUGAAGAAGAGGAUGAAGAAAAGGCCAAGUCUCCUGCAAAGGAGGAGGCCAAGUCCCCAGAGAAACCUGAGUCCCCCUCAAAGGAGGAGGCCAAGACCCCAGCAGUCAAGUCCCCUGAAAAGCCCCCAUCCCCCUCAAAGGAAGGGGCCAAGACCCCAGUUGUGAAAUCCCCAGAAAAACCUGCAACCCCCUCAAAGGAGGAGGCCAAGACCCCAGCUGUGAAGUCUCCAGAGAAACCCCCGACCCCCUCAAAGGAGGAAGCCAAGACUCCAGCUGUCAAAUCGCCUGAAAAGCCACCAAUGCCUCCUAAGGAGGAGGCAAAAACCCCAACAGUGAAAUCCCCAGAGAAACCUACACCUCCCUCAAAGGAUGAGGCCAAGACCCCAACAGUGAAAUCCCCAGAGAAACCCACACCCCCCUCAAAAGAGGAAGCCAAGAGCCCAGCUGUGAAAUCUCCAGAGCCACCUGCAACUCCCUCAAAGGAGGAAGCCAAACCCCCAUCUGUCAAAUCCCCAGAGAAGCCCCCGAGCCCCUCAAAGGAGGAAGCCAAACCCCCAGCUGUGAAGUCCCCAGAGAAGCCCCCAAGCCCCUCUAAGGAGGAAGCCAAACCCCCAGCUGUGAAGUCCCCAGAGAAGCCCCCAAGCCCCUCUAAGGAGGAGGCCAAACCCCCAGCUGUGAAGUCCCCAGAGAAGCCCCCAAGCCCCUCUAAGGAGGAGGCCAAACCCCCAGCUGUGAAGUCCCCAGAGAAGCCCCCGAGCCCCUCUAAGGAGGAGGCCAAACCCCCAGCUGUGAAGUCCCCAGAGAAAGCCAAAUCUCCUGUGAAGGAGGAGGCCAAGUCUCCGCAGAAGGAAGCAGCCCCAGCCAAGGAGCCAAGCCCUGCUCCAAAGGCCCCUGCCAAGGAGGAGCAGCCCAAGGAGGUGAAGGCUCCCUCCAAGCCUGAGGAGGGUAAGAAGGAGGAAGCUCCCAAGAAGGACGUCCUAGCCAAGGCAGAGGAGAAACCCAAGGAGAAGGCGGCUGCUGUGCCAGAGCCUCCAGCUCCACAGGCCAAAGAGACCAAGCCAAGCCCCAAACCUGCCAAAGAGGGAAAAGCCGAGGAGGCUCCAGCAAAACCUCAGCAGGAGGUCAGCAAAGCGGCCACCAAGGAGGCUGAAAAGCCAAAGGCUGAGGAGCCCAAGAAGAAAGUAGAAGAACCCAAGAAGGAGAAGGUGGAGGAGCCCAAGAAAGAAAAGGCAGAGGAGUCUAAGAAGGAGAAAGCAGAGGAGCCUAAGAAGGUGGAGGAACCCAAGAAGGAGAAGGCAGAGGAACCCAAGAAAGUGGAGGAACCCAAAGCUAAAGCAAAACCCAAAGACGAGCCCAAAGCCAGUAAGGAACCCCCCAAAGCCGAGGCUCCCUCCAGCAAGGAGGGCACAGCCCCAGAGCCGGGGAAGAAGUGAUGGAAGAGUCCCAGGAGCCGCAGGCACCUCUGGGCACGGGAGCUGCUCCACUCUCUCCGAUGGCUGGGCCCGGGGUGGGAGCCCAGGGACCCCCAGGACCCCCAGGGCAGGCUUUCCCUUAGCAAUAGGCCCGUGAGAGCCCCUCAGGUGGGCGAUUGCUUCCCUCGCAGAACGUGAUAUUCGCCGAGCGCCACAUUUAAACACUUGAAUUAUAACCCAGGAGAAGAGGGGGGACCCCCAGGGGAACCCCACCACCUUUCUCCUCUAAGUGCAUUUAUUUAACGUAUGUGCAAUGGAUGGAUGAGUGCAAUGCAGAGCUGUAGCUGCUUGGGGGGGCUGGCGGGGUCCUGCCCUGCCCUGGGGGUGACAGUCCCUCUAGGCAGAGGUAGGAAAGACUGGGAGCUGCUGGAAUGCUCACAGACACACACGGUGCACCAGGAACCUCAGCCCACUGAUCUUUGCUUUCUGUGCAAUAACCAAAUAAAAGUGCUUACAGAGACACCCUGGCUCUGCUAGCUUGUCCUAGGGAGAAGACAGGGAAGGAAGAUGGGAAUGUGGGGCUGGGAUCUGUCACCCAGGGCUGGGGUGGGUGACACGGGGCUUUCCAGAGGAGAAACACACCCCACAGCAGGCACAAGAACCCUGUGUCCUGAGGAUGGAAACAGGGCCAGCCCUGCUACGCUUUCCAAAGGACUCUAGUGGGC